AUGGGAAAAGAGAUAAAUCUUGAAAAGGUUGGGCAAGUUUUGAGAAAAUCAUCACCAACUUGGAAUAAUAAUAAUAAUAACAACAUGAAUGGUUUGGGACGACGGGAACUGCCUCUGCUGUCACUGAACCACGUCUCCUUCAUCUGCAAAUCUGUCCGAAAAUCGGUUGAAUUCUACGAACAGGUUUUAGGUUUUGUCCUAAUCCAAAGGCCUUCUUCUUUCGACUUCGAAGGCGCUUGGCUGUUCAACCAUGGGAUUGGGAUCCACCUGCUGCAGUCGGACAGUGAGAACAUGCUGAGUAAAGCGGGGAAGAAGAUAAACCCGAAGGACAACCACAUCUCGUUCGAGUGCUCGGACAUGGGCGAGAUAAUGUCACGGCUGGAGGAGAUGAAUGUGGAGUACGUGAAGGCAGUAGUGAGAGAAGGCGGGAUAAUCGUGGAUCAGAUAUUCUUUCAUGACCCAGACGGAUACAUGAUCGAGAUCUGCAACUGCCACAAUCUCCCCCUUCUCCCCAUCUCCUCUUGCCCUCUCCCCCGCCCCAAAAGCAACAACCCUUCGCACGGGAAAAAUUUGUGCAGUGGUGAAGCGGAAGCGUUGAUGCUAGAGAACUUGGCAAUGGACAUGUUCAACCUUUCCAUCUGA